CUUCUUAGGCUGUCAUUACUCAUCCAUUCCCCCGUUCUCUGAACUCCUUUUCGUUUGCUUCUGGAACUUGAGCAAGCAACUCUUUUCUUAUGUCCUUGCAUUUCUUGAAAGAACCGACUAAUUAAAUGUUUUGAAAAGAGAAAAAGAAAAGUCUGAGACCAGAGAAAUAUUCAUGGCUUCCUUAAACAAACGCAGAGAUACAGACUUGUUGAAGCUGAUGAUGAGUGAUUUCCAGGUGGAGAUGAUAAAUGACAGCCUGCAUGAGUUCUUUGUGCAUUUCCAUGGACCCAGUGAUAGUCUUUAUCAAGGUGGUGUUUGGAAGAUAAGAGUGGGACUUCCAGAUGCAUAUCCCUAUGUAUCUCCGUCUAUAGCUUUUGUUAAUAAAAUUUAUCACCCGAAUGUUGAUGAGAGAUCAGGUUCGGUUUGCUUGGACGUUAUCAAGCAGGCUUGGAGUCCAAUGUAUGAUCUGGUGAAUGUAUUUGAAGUGUUUCUACCGCAACUUCUGUUGUACCCAAACCCAUCUGAUCCAUUGAAUAGGGAGGCAGGUGCUCUAAUGAUGGAAGACAGUGAUGCAUAUGAACAAACGGUUAAAGAAUACUGUCAGGCAUAUGCCAAAGCUGAAGAUGGUGAAGCUGGAUUAGAAGCGAAGUUGAGUGAUAACGAGUUUAGUGAAGAUGACGAUUCUGAUUCAGACUAUUAGGCAGUAGCUAGCAGGCUGUGUCAAUUCAAUUCCAUCCAUAUUCUUUCAACUGUCUCUCUGUUAUCUGGGUACAUUGUACAUAUGCUAGCACAUCUGGGUUCAUAAGAAAAUGAAGAACAGAAACAAAUGGUGAUCUGCAUAUUUACAGUUUGAUGUCUAUAAGGAUUAAGGAUUAAGGAUACCUAUCAUGUAGCAUUUGCUUCAAAUAGCAAGUUUAUUCUUGACCUUCUGUUUCUUUUCUUGCUCCUCUGAUCUUAUGGGCUUUCCUUUGAAGUUUCAUUAUACAAUAGAGUGAAUGAUCAAUCAUAAUAAAUGUAUUAUGUAUGUUAUUAGUUAUAAAAUGAAUUGGUUGAUUCUA